CACCACCACCUCCAAGAGCAGACACAGCAUCCUCUCCAGCAGCAGCAUCAGCUAAACAAAUUACCAGCAACCAACUAGUCGAAUACUUAACGUCAGUAGCCAUGAAACGGACCUACCUGUUGCUCUGCGUGAGCCUGCUGACUUGCAAUGUGGCGAACUCGGCCUUCCUGCGACCGAUCGACCUGAGCCAGCUGGCCAAGUCCUCCAGCCUCCAGCAACAGCAGCAACUGCGCGUCGAACUGAACCGGGACGAUGGCAACAACGACGAUGACGCCACCACCCUGGCGCCCAAUUCUAGCGAGGACUACGACAGCCGUCCCCAGUACAGCUUCGCCUACGACGUUCGGGACACUCUCACCGGCGACGACAAGCGGCAGGAGGAGAAGCGCGACGGCGAUCUGGUCAAGGGCCAGUACUCGCUGAUCGAACCCGAUGGCACCCGUCGCAUUGUGGAGUACACGGCCGAUGAUGUGAGCGGCUUCAAUGCCAUCGUCUCCAAGCAGCGUCUGGAUGAGCAACAGCAGCAAAGGAUCUCCGCCUCCGCCUCGACCUCGACGCGAUUCAACAGCCUGGAGGAGCUCCAGAGCCGCCUCACCGCCCAGGCCCUUGCCGAAGCUCAGUCUCUAGCGGAGGCCCAGCAGGCCAGUCAACGGGAAUCGGAGAACCAGGCACGAGCCCAGGCCCAGCAACUGAUGGAGCAGUUCCAGCAGCAGGUGCAGCAACAGGAGCAACAGCGACUGCAGCAGGAGCAGCAGCUGAGGGAACUCCAGCGUCUGCAGGAGCAGCGUGACCGUGAGGACCGUGAGCUGAGGGAACGUGAGCAACGUGAGCGGGAACAGCGUGAGCGCGAACAGCGGGAGCGGGAACUUCGUGAUCGUGAGCUGCGUGACCGUGAACUGAGGGAACGUGAGCAGCGUGAGCGGGAACAGCGUGAACGGGAGCAGCGUGAUCGUGAGCUGAGGGAGCGAGAGCAGCGUGAACGUGAGCAGCGUGACCGUGAGGACCGCCGUCAGCAGCAAUUGGAACGUCGCCAGAACCAGAACCAGCGCCUCCUCGACCAGCAGACCCUGCUCCUGGCCCAAAGCCUGCCCAGCAUUCAGGCCACCGUGGUCUCGCACCCACCGACUCUGCUGGCCUCUCGGCUUCCAGCUUCCACCACCAGGACCUCCACCACCACUCUGCUGACCCGUGACCGCGACCUGGAAGCCUGGCGCCAGCUGCCCAAUGCCCGCCUCACUAUCGACCGCAGCUCCCAGCCACUGAUCCUCAGCCAGCCCUCCAGUGCCUCGAUCCAAGCUCAACUGAUCAGCUCUCCCCUGCUGCUGGAUUCCGCCAAUCUGAAUGGCCUGAUCAGCACUCGGCUGAAUGGUAAUGCCGCCAGAGCUGGAGCCGCUCUCAGCUGGACCAACGGACGCCGUAUCCUGAACAACGAUCUCUGGCAGCUGGACAGCCGGGAAAGCAGCAGCAGGGAGGAGAACCGUCGCGACGACAACCGACGGGACGAGAACCGACGGGAUGACAACCGACGGGACAGCGAGGAGCGACGCUCGCAAACCUGGUAAUCCUAAAAGCCAGGAUGGCCAAUAUUUUCAACUGAACUCAAAGGAAACUCAACGAAGGACCUCAGCGAUCUGCCAACCGGACCACGAAUAUGUUUUUUUAGCCUGUAAUAUCUAGUUUCAAUCUUGUGUGUUAACAAAGCCUAGAUAAUAUUUUUUUUUGGGGAUUUUGGCUACGCUUUCCUGCCUUUCUGUCGGCUUUUCUCUUCAACUAAUUAACUUACUAACUAACGCAUACAGCAAACUUGCCAAGAACUUCCACCCGAGCUCUAAUGCCUUUCUUCCAGCUAACUUUAGCACUAAGUUUAAUUGUCUUUGUGUUACUUUAUAGUUAGUCAACUGCAUCAAUGUAAAAACGUAAAAAAAAAUAAAUCUGAAUAUAAAUAUAAGGCAGUAGGCUUAAAUACAGCCUGCAUGACCUUCUG